AAAUAAAAGUAAAGCUAUAGGAAAACGCUGUGCUAGCGCUCAAGCAGCUUGUGAGAUGUCUGAAAUGUCCGUGUUGUGCGAGUUGUAUGAAGAGAGCAGUGACCUGCAGAUGGAUGUGAUGCCUGGCGAGAGUGACCUUCCGCAGAUGGAGGUAGGCAGCGGGAGCCGGGAGCCAUCCCCGAGCCCCUCCCGCAACGGGGCCCCGCCACAGCUCGAGGAAGAAGGCCCAAUGGAGGAGGAGGAGGCCCAGCCAAUGGCGGAGCCUGUGGGGAAAUGGGGCCUUGGGAACGGUCCUAACCCUGGGGAGCAGCCAGGCCAGAUCGCAGCCCCAUACUUCGAGAGUGAGGACGAGGGUGAGGAAUUUGAUGACUGGGAGGACGACUACGACUAUCCCGAAGAGGAGCAGCUGAGUGGUGCAGGCUACAGAGUGUCCGCGGCCCUCGAAGAAGCCAACAAGAUGUUUCUGAGAACAUCUAGAGCAAGAGAAGCAGCCCUAGAUGGCGGAUUUCAGAUGCAUUAUGAGAAGACCCCGUUUGAUCAGUUGGCUUUUAUCGAAGAGCUCUUUUCACUUAUGGUUGUCAAUCGUCUGACUGAAGAACUCGGCUGUGAUGAGAUUAUCGAUAGAGAGUAGUUACAAGCUGUUGGAAGAGGAGGAAACUACUUGAGGAGAGACCCAACAUUCCACUACUUUUUGGGUUCAUUACAAAUAGUUCCGUACCUGUGAAAAACUUGAUCUUCAAAAAGAAAUUUUUUUGUUUUCGUUUUGCAGAAUAGAAUAGGGCAGUGACUGCACAGUUGGAAGAAAAGGAAAAAGGAUCUGUAGACUGUUGAAACCUCUUUUCCAGAAUGUCCUGAAACACCUAUGCCUUUGACUUUGUUAUUGAUCCAGAUUAUUUUCCUUGCAUUGGGGAAGAUCUUACCUACCUGCUUCACAGUAAGGAAUGGUUUUGCAAGAAUAAGUCAUGACCAAGACAAACUGCCAGCAAAGAGCCCAUUGUUGUUAAAACUGUGUAUUGAGACAAAAAAAUAAGCAAAAAGUCCAUCUUAGGGCACAAGAUGUCUUUGAGUUAUUUGGACUGGAAGCCUAUUGAGAAAACUUUGAAAAUUCAAACUUUAUGAUUUAUUCAAACUAGAGUUUUCAAAGGCUAAAUUAUUUGUAUAAGACAGAGUUUUCAGUAUCCCAACAGGAUGAACAAACCCCCUCAAAAAUACAUAUCACAUAUGCUGUAUCUUAAAAUGUGUUUCCAAGAGCAUCUGAAAUUCUGUUUUUACAUGUAUCUUGAUAGUUUAUAAAGCUACUGUGUUCUAUAAUUCAAAAGAAUCCAUUGUUAUGACCAUUUAAAAAAUUAAGACCAAUUAAAAAUUAAGAUUCUCUUAAUAAUGUUUCAAAUGUAAACACUAAAAUUGUAUGUGAAAAUACAGAGAAAAGAAACUAUUUAUAACACCCUUACAUAUUAGGGAAAUUUUCUGUUUUGCUCCCUCUCUAUUUUUCAUGUAACUUGUCAGGCAAAAGAUUAGUUGAACUUCAUAUUAUGAGAACUGUUAGUGAAAAUUUUUCAGUAGAAGGAAAGCUGUACAUCUUGAACUACCAAAAAAAAAAAAAAAAAAAAGACUUUAUGAACAGUUUUGCCAUCAAUCUUUAAAGGUGGUUUUAAACCUGCCCAAAAAUCCACUUCCGUAUCUGUUUCCCUCUUCUCCUCCUCUAAUUAAAGCUUGUUAUUCAUUAUGCACCAGCAUUCAA